AUGGGCUUGUUAAAAGUGGGAGUCCCCAAAUCAUGGGAUGAUUCCAAGAAGAAUUUGAGUUACAUUCGAAGUGCAGGAACCCGCCAAUUUGUCUCAACUUACAAUCGAGUUAAGGAUCUUAAGGGAGACGAAUUGAUGUGGGGUGAUGAGAUCGAAUACGGAGUCUUUCAAAUAGAUCCAGAAACCAAGAAAGUUCGCCUUUCUCUUCGAGCCAAAGAGAUUAUGGACGAAUUAAACAGAAAAGAGCAAGAACAUUCGAAAGUUGCAGAAGGGUGCAAUUGGGUUCCAGAGUAUGGGGCAUGGAUGGUUGAGGCAACGCCAAACCGUCCUUACACUGGAUUUACUACUGAUUUGUUGCGAGUUGAACGCAACAUGAGACUUCGACGAAAACGUAUUCUGACAGUUCUAAAAGACAAUGAAAUUGCUCCCACAGUCUCUGCCUUUCCAAUGAUUGGAGCGCAAGGCAAUGAUGGAACUGUCCCAGCUGUUCCAGUCGGAGGCCCAGUCACUUUAAGUGAUUAUAUUGGGGACGGCGUUAUCAACCCUCAUCCUAGAUUCGGUACAUUGACUGCCAACAUUCGACAGCGACGGGGUGAGAAAGUAAAUAUCCGUAUUCCGUUGUUCCGCGAUGUCAAUACUCCAGAAUAUGAAGAAGCUGCGGGGAGUCCAAGUGGCGAUGCUGGAUGCUGUGGCGGUGACGCACAACAGCUUUGGCGUUAUGGAAAAGGAGACGCCUCCCAAGAACUCUAUGGCAAGGAUGCUGUGAUAGUGGGGUGCUCCAAGUCGCCCAAGGAUGAAGAAGUUGAUGAAUCUGAAAUUAUGCCGGUCAUGCAAAAGUGGAUUGUCGAUGUUCAGUGUGAAGGCUGCAGGGGGUUGUUCUACCGCAGUGCUCCGCAUGUCAUUGUUCCAGAUGCCGACUGGCCACGAAAUGGUGAAACUGUCGUUGGCUAUGAAAUUCCCGAUGUUCCAGGCUGGAUUCGUUUGCAGAAUGGCUACUACUUGCCCAUGCACAGUGCGGAUGGUGCGAUUUCAUUCCUAUCCAAGAUUUCCACCCGUGCCAACCAUACCAAUGGUGAAGCCAAGAAAGCAUUAGGAUCAGAAACUCCUCUCUUUCGAGGAGCGGAACAAGUAAAGUUGUCUGCUACUUCUUUGCUUGAUGGUGACAUUGCGAUCGCUGAACCCGCAACGACUACAAUUGUUGAAGAGAAGAAGGUGGAUCCAGGAACUCCUACCAGUCCAUCCAAGGAGGAUGGUAGCGCUGUACGAGCAGCAGUUCAUAUGGAUGCUAUGGCAUUUGGUAUGGGAUGCUGUUGUCUUCAAAUUACCUUUCAGGCAACAGAUGUUGACGAGAGUCGUUUCCUGUAUGAUCAGCUUGCUGUCAUGGCGCCAAUUAUGAUGGCAUUGACAGCCUCUACACCAGUCAUCAGGGGACGAAUCUUGGAUACAGACUGCCGAUGGGGUAUUAUCAGUGAGAGUGUUGAUUGCAGAACACCAGCCGAGAGAGGGCGUGAAGAUCCUAACGCACCGUACGAGGCAUAUACUGCCAAAGGACAACGCCGUAUUUAUAAGAGUCGCUAUGAUUCAAUCAGCACAUUCAUCUACCAAGGUGCCUGCACUCGUAAUGAGAGUGGCACUUCCAACCGAGUGCUAAACACCUACAAUGAUAUCCCACUGCCGAUUGACCAAGACACGUAUCAGUAUUUGAGAAAUGCGGGUGUCGAUCCAGCUCUUUCUCAGCAUAUCGCCCACCUGUUCAUCAGAGACCCACUCGUGGUCUUCGACGGGGCUGUCGAAGAAGUCGACGACGAUGUUCAAACAGAGCACUUUGAGAGUAUCCAAAGUACAAACUGGCAAACUGUUCGAUGGAAGCCACCGCCACCCCGUAACAGUCCAAAUGACCCACACAUUGGAUGGAGAACAGAGUUCCGAAGUAUGGAGAUGCAACUUACCGAUUUCGAGAAUGCCGCUUUCGCUGUCUUCAUUGUACUGCUUCAACGUGUCAUUUUGACAUUCGAUUUGAACUUGUAUAUUCCUAUCAGUAAGGUGGAUGCAAACAUGCAACGCGCACACAGCCGAGAUGCCUCUGCCAAGGGUAAGUUCUUCUUCCGCCGUCACAUGGCUCCACUUGAAGAAGGAGAUGAUGGGUACGGGGUGAAGUAUGUCUCUAUGUUUUCGAAGGCAGUAACGGGCGAAGUCGAUGAUGACAUACCAGAAAAGGAAUUUGAUGCGAAUGGUGUAAGCCAGCAAAGGAAAACGGCUCCCAACGCUGAUGAAGAAGAUGAAGAAAAUGCUUUUGAAGAAAUGACCAUGAGUGAAAUCAUGACUGGUAAGGGUGAUUACUUCCCAGGCUUGAUCCCCCUUGUGCGAGCAUACUUGGACCAUAUCAACUGCGAUUCUGUCACAUUGGCAAAGAUGACACAAUAUUUGGGCUUUAUUGAGCGCCGUGCAACUGGAGAGCUUGUCACGCCAGCAACCUGGAUGAGAAACUACAUUCGCAGCCACCCCGACUACAAGGGCGACUCUGUUGUUACCGAUUCGAUUGCCCAUGACUUGCUUAUGGCAUGCAAAGAGAUUGGUGAGGGCAAGCUUCAUGUUCCCGAGCUUUUGGGCGACAUCAAGAUUGAGGAGAUUACAACUGAUGGUGCUUACGACGUCAAGCUUGACUCAAAGAGAGUGCAGAACAAGCGAGUUUUGCAAUUAUUGACACGCUACACAGAACGACAUGGCACAUUCUCUUCAAGUUAG